AUGGAAGUAGCUCCUUUGGCCUUGGCCCACACUCAUGCCCGGAACGCAGUGCUAGAGACUCGCAAGGCCAACCCAGUUGCUGCCAGCGAGGAGCAUGAUCUAGCUGCUGGUGAAUUUGCAACGGCUGCACAGAGCAGCUCCGACCAGGAGGCCCUACGGACCCUACGUUUGCUCGAAACUCACCACAAGAAGCUCGCUGAAAUCCUCCGGUUCCAGCAUGAACAUCCAACUACCAUCCCUGCUGAAUCGACAUCUGCUACUCCCUCUUCAGCAUUAGCAACCCAGCAGACCGCAGCCGAGUCUGGGGGCGCAAAGACCGCAAGCGCGAACCAGGAUGCACACCUACCACCAAGAUUGGUGGGCAACGCUCGUCUGCCAAGUCGGGAUACAUCCUCUAUCGCUAGUAACCUAGCAUCCGCCCGAGGAAUCCCAUCGCACCCCCGGCGUGGAUCACCAGUGUCACCAACACUUACAUCGCAACAUGUCGCAGCAAAGAUGACCGAAGCACCACCGAGGGCUAAAGCCGGCGAAACAAGGCUACGUGACGGACCAGCCAAAAAUCGACACAAUCGUGUCUCUGCACCCAGACAACCAUGGUCUCCUCCAACACCCAGUUCCACUGAGGUGGUUUCCCAGCAAGCUGUACCUCCUAGUGCAGCUGAAUCCGGAGGAUCGAGAGAUAAGCCCGCAAUUACCGAUGAAGCAUUCAACCGUUUCUACUCAGCCUUCGGAGGACUGGUCUCUAAGGUGUCAGGGCCUUUGGCAUUCGCAGGGAUUCAAAUGGGAUCUGCGGAUCCAGUUCGCGCUGAACAGAGCCGCAAGUCCUCAGCUGAAGUGAAACUGGACCGUGAGCAUGCUGUUCUAGACCGGUCCAUGACUGCGGGUGAACUCGACGUGAACAAACUCUUCUCUCGAGCCGCAUUGCGGUCGAUUCGGGACGGCUCUGGGGCAGGUCCCGGGAACCCAGCAGAGUCAUUCUAUGUAGUCCCAACCACGGGUGGGACUAUGUCCUACGCAGGAAUCCUCACCCGAGCUGAAAGGCAGGCACGCAGGAACAGCAUCGAGGAUGGCGAUGAUGACUUUGUGGAUGCGCGAGAAACCCCUCCGUCUCCCGAAAUGCGUCACAGUGCCAGUGGUUCACGCAUAUGGGCAGGACGCCGCGGCGCACCCGAUAAGCUUACCACUCCACAGACACAAAAGACAAUGGAGGAGAUGCAGGUGGAGAAUGAGACCUUGAGGGGUUUGACCGAUUCGCUUGCGACGCGAUUGCAUAUGUGGGAAGUGAGCGCGCAAUCUUCGUCGAUGGCACUGCAGCAAUCAAUCCGAAUGAUGCACCGCCAGAGCGCGGGGACGCCUGAUUAUUUCCAGCCUUCGACGGCCACUACUUCUCCUGUUGCUACGCUGACUGCGCCGCCGGGUGCGGCUGAUACUGACGCGCGGAUCAAAGAACUCGAGGAGCAGAUACAGCGUAGUGAGAAGAAACUUGAAACUGCUGCUCACGAGAACGACAAGCUGAAAAAUGUUCUUGGGCGAUACCGGGACCGCUGGGAGAAAUUGAAAGAGGGUGCCAAAACUCGGAGAGCGGAGGGUCAGAGCAAUCCACCUGCGAGUGGUACUAGCAAGCCGUCAGAGCUCUCGGUCUCUCCGGAUCCUGGUCGAGGUCCCUCUGCUGGUCAAGCAGGGUCUCGUGCUGCAGGUGAUAACCCGGCAUAG